UGAACCCUUCUCCUGCGGAUAAAAUCACAAACACGUCCUCUCUCUCUCUCUCUCUCUCUCUCUCUCUCCAUUUUCGACAUUUCUCCCCUUCCAACUCGCUCACCCCUAACGACUCACUUUUCUGCUUGCAUUCUAAAACUUCUGAUACAUACCUUAUAUAGCUCUUGUGAUCGUGCUUACUAUUACAAGAUGCGCUUGUUAUCGAGAUACGGUGGAUUACGAAGAAAUGCGGCGGUUGGAGGUGCCGAUUCGGAGUGGUACUCGCCGUCGUCGAAUUUGAAUAGGCUAGGGUUUAGGCACAUCGUUACGAGUUGCAGAGCCGUGGUUUUGCCACGGUUCGGUGGGCCCGAGUUUCUCGAGCUACGUGAUGACGCCAGCGUUCCUGAUCUUAAGCCCAGCGAGGUCCUCGUCCGCGCUCGCGCUGUGUCCGUUAAUCCUCUCGAUACGCGAAUGCGAUCAGGCUAUGGUCGUUCUUUAUUUGAGCCUCUUUUGCCCAUCAUUUUGGGCCGUGAUGUUAGUGGUGAAGUUGCGGCCAUUGGAGCUUCGGUACGAUCGCUCACUGUAGGGCAGGAAGUGUUUGGUGCACUGCAUCCAACGGCUGUGAGGGGUACUUAUACAGACUAUGCAAUUCUUUCAGAAGACGAACUUACUUCAAAACCAGUGUCAAUCUCACACGUGGAAGCAAGUGCCAUUCCUUUUGCUGCCUUGACUGCCUGGAGAGCUUUAAAAAGUACUGCUAGGAUAUCUGAAGGACAAAGCGUGUUGGUGGUUGGUGGAGGAGGAGCUGUCGGUUUUGCAGCAGUUCAGCUUGCAGUUGCUGCAGGGUGCCAUGUGUCAACUACGUGUGGAAGUGAAAGUAUAGACCGGCUUUUGGCAGCUGGUGCUGAGCAGGCUAUAGACUAUACUACUCAGGACAUUGAAUUAGCAAUAAAACGGCAAUUCGAUGCUGUUUUGGACACGAUUGGUAUACCAGAGACAGAAAGAGUAGGCAUCAAUCUUUUAAAGAGAGGUGGACACUACAUGACAUUGCAAGGGGAGGCAGCAUCACUGACUGACAGGUAUGGGCUGGCUAUAGGGCUCCCUACUGCUACUGCUAUUUUGCUGAAGAAACAGAUUCAAUACCGGUACUCGCAUGGAAUAGAAUAUUGGUGGACUUUCAUGAGGGCUGAUGCUGAGGGUUUGGAUCAGAUCCGUAGGCUCUGUGAGGUUGGGAAGUUGAAAAUACCUGUGGAUAAGACAUUUCCAAUUACACAAGUGAGAGAGGCUCAUGAGGCCAAAGAUAAAAGGCGCAUUCCCGGCAAAGUUGUGCUGGAAGUUGAUUGAAUAAUAUAUAGAGAAAUCCUUGAGCCUCCCAAACUGGUAGUCCACGGUUAGAAUGAAGAAACUUUAACCUUCCAUUUUUUAUUUCGUUAGAGACUAGGCUACUUAUGCUGGUCCUCCCUCUACAAUAAGUAUGAGCAUUUUGUAUAGCAAUCUGUAAAGUUUUGGUGUCCUCUCUUGUGUUGUUUCCUAAAUCCUAAACUAGCGAGCUAUCAUCCUCAGAAUUCACUGCUCCAAACCCUUUAUUCACUCAAAACAAGGAGCAAAUAGUUGCGGGUUUUAGACUUCUACACUUGCUAGUAUAAAGUCAACAGCAUUUGUGUGUGUGUAUAAG